GAGAGAAACAUCAAACAGGACUGAAAAUGGAUACUUCGAAGGGAUUCAUGAUAGACCUACCAGUGGAGCCCUGUGGUGCCCAGAUGGGCAGAGGGGCCCCUGGGAAUCCCCAGCCCCACUCUUUCAUCCACAUGGGUGAUUCCAGCAUGAACACGAUACCACAAGAACGAGUGGAUCACAGCUAUCCAUCUCAGAUUUCGGGACCUUCGAUGAACAGAAUGGCCCCAGAGAAUCCCCAGCCUGAAGCUUUUGUCAACAUGGGUGAUUCCAGCAUGAACUUGCUAUCACAGAAUCCAGCUGAUCACAUACCCCUGCUGAACAGAAUGCCCCUUGAGACUCCCCAGCCAGACCGUUUUAUCAAUAUGCAUGGUUCAAGCAUGUACUCGGUACCUCAGGAUCAAGGCAGUUCCUCAAUUUGGAGGAAGCAUCAUGACCGUACCUCAUUCUCCCACAAACAGCAUAAAGAAUUGGAGUCUCUAUUCAGCCAGACCAUGUUUCCAGAUAAAAAUACCCAGAAGGAACUUGCUUUGAAACUCAACAUAGAGGAGUCAAGAGUGAAGAUUUGGUUCAGGAACCGGCGAUCCAAAUUGAGGAAGCAGCAGCAGCAGCAACAGCGAUCACUGGAGAAACCAAGCCAGAUCCUUCCAGCCAAGGAGAAUGUGCCCAUCUCAUCCAGAGCAAGCGCCAAUCCUUAUUCUUUUUUUCCUGUGGUUUCCAAUUCCUACAGCUUCCUUCCACAUCAGCCAUUAGGCCCUUCCAAUUGGGCACGGGACUCUGACUUCUCUGGGAAUCGCACAAGGGAAACCCAAAUGCAAGAUCGAGAGUUGGAAAUGCUUAUGGCCUCAGUUCCUGCUUUGUACUCCGAUGCUUAUGACAUAUCCCAAAUCAUGGAAUUGUACAGUUUUCCUGAUGAGAACGAGAUAUCCAGCUCUUCCUUCAGCUGUCUAUAUCAGUAUCUCUCACCCACAAGACCUCAGCUAGGAGGACAGGGUAACAUGCUCAGCAAUUUUGCUGGUCCAGCUGUAGGUCUGUCUCCAGAGCGAACCUGGUCCAGCGGGACAAGCCAAGGCUUUGAAGCCUACUGCCUAAGAUACAGCCUGGAGUUCCAGAACCCUUCCAGUAUGGUGGACUAUGGAUUUCUGUAUCAGAGUAAUAGCAAAUAG